CUAUUGGAUGCUACUACAAAUAUUUCUAUCUUCAGCCAAAGUUUAGCAUUGCAAAAUGAAGUCCACUUCUGUUAUCUGUUCUUCAAAUUCAUUCUCUCGCUCAAUAGAUUCAAUCGAUGCUCACCAAUUUACAUUCUUCCAAAGAAAAAAGAGCAAUUCAAGCCCUAAUUUUGCGUUUACCCGUAAACUACCAUCGCUUUCCUUGCAUAUACGCCCUCCGUCCGACUUCAUUUCUCGUUCUACUGAUGCUCUUGAGCUCGUCCAGACUAGUUCAUCUGCUUCAGAGUUUGUCGAAACUGGCUAUAUCUUUGGUGUUCAUGGUUUCCAAGGGGAGGUUCGGGUUAAAGCGAACACAGACUUUCCUGAGCUGCGGUUCUCCAAGCCAGGAACUAGAUGGUUGAAGCAGCAAGCAUCAGGAAGUGAGACUAUUCAAGAAAUUGAACUGGUGGAUGGCAGAGGUCACCCUGGACAAAGUUGGCUUGUAAAAUUUAACAACAUCAAUUCAGCGGAAGAGGCACGAAAACUAGUUGGGUCAACCAUAUUGGUGAGAGAUGAUGAUAGACCUGAGCUAGAAGAAGGAGAUUUCUACACUCAUGAUCUUAUUGGCAUGAAAGUCAUUCUUAAGGAAUCAGGGGAACCAAUUGGAACUGUUGUUAAUAUAUUCAACAGCGGAGCAAGCGAUCUUUUGCAUGUCAAGCUGACUUCAUCUAGAAAGAUUCCAGACCAGACAGAAAAAACUGGGGAAGGUGAUUCUGGCCCAUUAGUUUGGGUUCCAUUUGUUGAAGAAAUUGUCCCAACUGUUGAUGUGGAAAAAAGAGAAAUGUUGAUUACACCACCUAAGGGGCUCCUGGAGUUAAAUAUUCGCUCUGAUAUGAGGAGCAAGAAAGAAAGGCGUGAGCUGGAAUGGAAAGAGAGAAAAAAAUUCCAAAGACGCUUGAUAGCCGCCAAAAAGAAACUAUGUGAAAUGGAACAGCAACACGUGUUUCAUGGUUUUAGAUAUGGAGAAAAGGACCAGAGGAGCUCACUUGCGAAUGAAAUAGUAACUGUAAAUUCAAAAUUGCUACGACAGGCUCUGGAAUAUAUUGGAAUCCCGUCAACAAGGCUGGAUUUACACCAAAUUUUGGCCACGGUGCCAAGAUCAAACAGACUGAAGGUACCUGAUAAUCCCAGUUCAAACGGUACAGGAGUACUGCCUGAUCCAUACUGCACACUACAAAGAGCGGGAUGUGAAAUGAUUUCUAAUGGGAAAGUUGCAAUAGUUUUGAUAUUGGAGGACAUUGAGGGGACUGAAGGGACUUCCAACAACAAUCUUGUUGAUUCUGUGGGAAAUGAAAGUGCGAAUCCACUUUUAAAGGCAUUGCUAGAUGAUAACUCAAGAUUUCCUAAGAUCGAAGACCGCUCAGCUGUGCCUCUGCUAUUGGUGGGUUCUACUGGUUCAAUCAGUUAUUGCCAAGAGUUUUUUUCAGACCAUGACUACUUUGCAUUUGACCCCCAGAAGGUCUGGUUUCUGGAAGAAGAAAAGCUUCCUCUUGUUAGUAGCUCAGUUGCAGAAGAUGGCAAGCAUAAAAUCCUAAUGAAGUCACCAUGGGAGUUUCUCCAGAGACCAAUCGGAUCUGCAGGCGUGAUCAGCCUGCUUUCGUCCCAGGACUCGUUACUAGAUGAACUAGGCGAACUGGGUGUGGAGUACGUCCAAGUCCGCAAGAUCAACCAAGAACACAAGAGCGACCACGCCCUAGCCGGCCUUGUUGAUUCGUGCAAAGCAAAUGUGGGGCUGCAGGUCUUCAAAGACAUGGCAUCGGAAGAGAAUUUAGAUGUGAUGCUGUCCAUGAGCUUCUUGAGGAAGUUGGUGAAACAGGUAAACAAGCUGCAGUUUGAAGGCGUUGAGGGCUGCAAUUCAUAUGUGGAGAAGGUUGAGAAAGAGUGGGUCGAUGUUACACCAACAACUCCCAAUUCUUAUGAGUUUCGUUCUUCGAUAUAUUGGUGCUUGGAUGCUGCUACUAAAAACAAAAUUUGUGUCUUGUAUCCAUCUGAUUACUAGUUUUGUAAUAGUAGCAGUUACAACAGUUUAGGGAUUUUAUCCAAAAUAUAUAAAAAGGUCUUGUUGCGUAGUGA